UGGAGUUAGCUGCGGGGACCCCGGUUUCAGUCGGUAACCCCGGCUCGGCGGAGCCUCAGUCGCAGUAGCGUUCGCGCGGGUGAGCGGUGCAGGGCUCGACGGCGCGGCGGAGGGCGCUAUCCGCGUCCCCGCGCCGCGGCUCUGCUAGGGACGGAGCGCCCCGGCCGAAGCUCCGGGGGCCUGCGACUUGCGAGGCCCUUGGGGUUAGGGUCUGAGGCUUGGGGUCUGCCUGGGCCACGCGGACCCUGACGUGAGUGAGGCGGCCCUGGGAGCAUGAGCGGGCAGCGCGUGGACGUCAAGGUGGUUAUGCUGGGCAAGGAAUACGUGGGCAAGACAAGCCUGGUGGAGCGAUACGUGCACGACCGCUUCUUGGUGGGCCCCUAUCAGAACACCAUUGGGGCUGCCUUCGUGGCCAAGGUGAUGUGCGUUGGAGAUCGGACGGUGACUCUGGGUAUUUGGGACACAGCAGGAUCAGAGCGCUACGAAGCCAUGAGCAGAAUCUAUUAUCGGGGCGCCAAAGCUGCCAUUGUGUGUUAUGACCUCACUGACAGCAGCAGUUUUGAGAGAGCCAAAUUCUGGGUGAAGGAGCUGCGCAGUUUAGAAGAGGGCUGUCAAAUUUACCUGUGUGGCACUAAGAGUGAUCUGCUGGAGGAAGACAGGCGGCGCCGUCGUGUAGACUUCCACGAUGUCCAAGAUUAUGCAGAUAAUAUCAAAGCCCAGCUCUUUGAAACAUCCAGCAAGACAGGUCAGAGUGUGGACGAGCUCUUCCAGAAAGUGGCAGAGGAUUACGUCAGUGUGGCUGCUUUCCAGGUGAUGACAGAGGACAAAGGUGUGGACCUGAGCCAGAAGGCAAACCCUUACUUCUACAGCUGCUGUCAUCACUGAGCCACCACUCAUCUGGCCUGGGAGAAUUAAAUGAAUUCCCCCAGAGGGCUUGGACCCAAUUCUUGUCUGGGCUGGUGUGGUCAAGUGUCUGAGCUACUCCAGGUCCCCUUGGCAGCAGAGGUGGCACCUGCCUGUGCUGGCCCAUGGAACGGAGGCAGUAUUGGGCAGAUUGUGGGCAUGAAGAAGGAUAAGGGCUGAUUUGACUCCCAGGCUUGUGUCCUGGACAGAACUUCUGUCCACAGAUUAUUUAACUAGCUUCUGAACUGUAAAUAAAAUUGAUGCACUGUGACUCACAGCCCCUUCCCUGUUUUGUGCACUGGGUGUCAGAACACCUAGUUGUUCUUGGGGCCAUCAGACUGGCCUCACUUCCUGUCAGCAUUUGGAAACCAAAUAGUGAGUCACCGAAAUCAUGGAGAAGCAAUGGGCUCUUAUGUCUCCACGCACCGUUCCGUGUGUGUGUGUGUGUGUGUGUGUGUGUGUGUGUGCGCGCGCGCGCGCGCGCGCGUGUGCAUAUAGAGCAAACCCUCAAGGCUUCUAACAUACCAGUCAGGAACUUUACCACUGACUGAUUAAGCAGUUUCUUUUUUCUUGUGGGGAUGAAAUAGGCUUAGGGACUGGGAUGGAGGAAUACAAACUCUUAGAGCAAGGAAAGCACAUAAGUUAUACCCACAGAUGAAAGGCUCAAAGUUAGUUUGGCAAGCUCAACUUUUUGUGUCAUGUCUAGACCUGUGGCUCAGGGCUGUGACUCAGUCCUAAGCUUCCCAGGAUUGCCCUGUAAUAUAUUUAACAAGAGGCAAUCCAUAGUUCUGCAAGUCAAAAAAACUUUAUGGAUGCAAUUUAGCUUUAAUUUAAAAAGAGGACUUGAAACUGGGUGGUGGUGGUGCUCACCUUUAAUCC